UAUCCGCUUGUGUCAAUAAAGUUGCGGCAGACAAGAUGGCGGCUUCCAUGCUGGGCUCGCUGUUACGGACGUUCCGGCAGGUGGUUCCUUCAUUAGCUUCACGCCAAGUCCGAAGUUACUAUGUAGACUGGAGAAUGUUGCGUGACGUGAAGAGACGAAAAAUGGCCUAUGAAUAUGCGGAUGACAGGUUGCGGAUCAAUUCCCUCCGGAAGAAUACCAUUUUGCCCAAAGAUCUUCAGGAAAUGGCUGAUAAAGAAAUUGCAGCCCUUCCCCGGGAUAGCUGUCCUGUUAGGAUUAGGAAUCGAUGUGUUAUGACAUCUCGUCCACGUGGUGUAAAGCGACGCUGGAGGCUUAGUCGAAUCGUCUUCCGACACUUAGCUGACCAUGGGCAACUUUCUGGGGUCCAGCGAGCAAUGUGGUAAAAAUCAGCUCCAGAACCAACUGAUCUUUCAGGGAAGACUUUUUUUGUGAUGCUGUGGAUCAAACCCAGAGCUUCCCACAUGCCAGGCAAGUGCUCUGCUAUUGAGCCACAUCCCCAACCUGAGACCCUAGCUUAUAUAGGUGUCCAGUAGAAUUGUCUCAUCUACCCUGUGAUACAUAUAGUUAAAUUACUUUCAAAUUUUAAGAAAUUUGGCUAUUUCCUUCUGUCAUUAAAUUCUCUAAAAGAUUAAAAAUACUGUUCAUAUACAUGAUGUAAAGAGUAGAGCAGGCAAUAAAAAGUAUUUUCUGUGAAAA